AUGGAAGAAAAUAGUGCGAAACCAUUAUUUACUGGAACAUUUAAAUAUUUUAAUCUUCUUCGAGAAAUCGAUAAUAUCUUAAUUUGUAUGAAUUUUACAGGACAAGUUUGUGAAAUAGAUGAGAUUGAUAGAAUGUCAUCUAUUGUGACUAAAGAUUUGAAAACGAUAAUGGCCAAAAUGAAUUCUCAAAGUCGUGCAACAUUACUCAUAACAAUAUUAAACACAAUUAUUCGCAUUGCUGCACUUGAUAACAAAGGCUUCACAUCACGAGAUAGUUUUCAAUCAAUGAUUAAUCAAAUAUUCGACUCCCUCGAUGACAAUAAUGAAAAUCAAAAGGAGAAUUAUCAAGAGUAUGCUACUGAUAUGUUAGAUUUGAUUCUUAUGAAUCUGUAUAAAGAUAAGCUAGUCGACAAGUGCUUCAACCGGCUUCUGCCAAAGAAGGCGACAUCAACUACAGAUUCUAGCACAAUCAACGAAUCAUCCACAAAAGAUGAAAACGAAAUUCAUAAUGUGUGUGCACGACUGAAUUUGAUCAUCGGCACAUAUCAUCGAUAUCAGACAUUCACCUCAAUCAAUCUAGCACAUAGUAAAAUCAAUGACCUAGCAGCACGUCGUCUUGGGAAUGCACUCACAAACAACACAACACUCAUCAUACUCGACCUUGCAUACAAUCAAAUCGGAGCCCUAGGAGCUCACGAUAUUGCCAGUGUUCUAACAAUGAACACGACACUCACCACACUGGAUCUUCGUGCGAAUCGAAUCGGACACAAAGGAGCACAACAUCUUGCAAAUGCACUCAAAAACAACACGACACUCAAUACACUUGACCUUUUUGAUAAUCAAAUCGGAGACAAAGGGGUACAACAUCUUGCAAAUGCACUCAUAAACAACACGGCACUUAUCAUACUCCACCUUGGAUCUAAUCGAAUUGAAGCCACAGGAGCACAGCAUCUUGCCAAUGCUCUAAUAACGAAUACGAUACUCAUCACUCUUGACCUAUAUUUGAAUGAAAUCGGAGACGAAGGAGCACAACAUCUUGCAAAUGCACUCACAAACAAUACGACACUCGCCACACUUCGCCUUUAUCAUAAUCAAGUCGGAGACAAUGGAGCACAGCAUCUUGCAAAUGCGCUCGUAAACAACACGACACUCACCAAACUCGAACUUGGAUCUAAUCGAAUCGAAGCCCUAGGAGCACAGUAUCUUGCCAAUGCUCUAACAACGAACACAGCACUCAUCAUACUUGAUCUUAAAUCUAAUCGAAUCGGAGACAAAGGGAUACAACAUCUUGCAAAUGCACUCACAAACAAUACGACACUUAUCACAAUUAACCUAGGAUCUAAUGGAAUCGAAGACAAUGGAGCACAAUAUGUUGGAAAUGCUCUAACAAGUAACAAGACUGUCACCAAACUUAACCUGGAUCGUAAUCGAAUCGGAGUCCCAGGAGCAGACUAUCUUGCCAAAGCUCUCACAAAAAACAUCACACUCACUACAUUUGACUUAUCUUUGAAUCGAAUCGGCGAUGAAGGGGUACGAUCUAUUGCAGACGCUUUAAAAAGCAACACGACACUCAUCACACUCAAUCUAAUGAGCAAUGGUCCUCUACAAAUAUUAAGAUCAGUUACAACAACACGUAAAGUUCCUGAUAAUCAUGAUUUUCUUAUUAAACAUUUUUUUGGUGAUGUUUCUUAUUCAACAACUCAAUUUAUUGAAAAAAAUAUUGAUAUUUUACCUUAUUCUCUUAUUACCCUUAUACAAAAAUGUAAAAAUGAUUUUCUCGAAAAUCUCUUUCACGAAAUACUUGAACGUGAACAAAAUGCAGAUCGGUUUAAAUGUGUUUCGGAUGUUCAUUUCAUCCAAUGUAUCACAUCUAAUAUGGAAAUGAGUCCAAAUGUGUUUGAUAAUGAACACAUUCUCAGUCAAUUACAUCAUAGUGGUAUAAUGCCCUGUUUAAUUUUUUUAUAUUUACGACAGCGUUUAUUAACAAUACAAAGUUAUAUUAGAAUGUAUUUAAAGCAUAAACAAUAUGCUCCACAAAUUCGGAGUUUAUCUUUUCUCAACGUUGUUUAUGAACAAAUGAUUGAAAUUAAAACAUUAAUCGAGAAUUUAAACACUUCAAUGCCAAUCACAGGAAUGGAUAGUGCUUGGGAUAAAUGUAUUUCAGAUAUUGAUGAAGAAUUUGAUCGAACAACAAAAGUGUUUGGUGCACUAAACGCAACAUCAAACAAGCCAUUACCUGGUAAUAUUUAUUAUUUCACACGAGGUGUGGAAAUUUUGUUUGGCAUUACACCAAAAUCAUUGUUAAAAUCGUCUUCGUUCAAGUCCUUAAGAAGCACCAGUUCAUCAACAGCAUCAUUAUCAUCAUCACAACAAAAAUCACCUACUCCACGUCCAUGUUUAGUUUGGGACGUCAAAGAAGAUGAAAUUCAAAUCCUUGCGAUGGCAACUUUCAAUGGAAACGAUCCAAAGGAUGAAGAUAAAGUAUUUCCAGAAUUAGAACGGGAUUUUUUAUUAAAACGAUUGUUAGCAGUUUCGUCUACAUUAACUUUACCUGAUAAAGCAUCAAUCGACUUUCAAAAAGUAUUUUGUAAAUCAACUUCUAUUCGUAAUUGUUAUUUAAUUCUUGUACCUACAUUAAAGUCACUAAAAGAUGAUUGGUAUAACUCAAUGCAUAAGAAAGAAUCGCUUGGUUCUUUUGGUAUAAAUGAAAUGUUAUACAUCAACCAGCUGUUGAAAGAUAUAUCGAUACAAGCAGUUACACAAGCAGUUGCACAAGCUAGUUUACGAGAAGCGGAACGUAUUCGACAAUUUUAUUCUGAAGGCCCCAAGGAAGAUGGUGAUGACAAGAAUCAUCACAAAUCUUCGUCCAAUUCAUUAGAUUUACAAUAUCAUCGAGGAGAUCCUUUUAUCGAUGAUAUCAAUUUCGAUAAAGAUAGUUGUGUACAACAAUGGCUGGAUGACAUUUCUAUUCAUAAUAAUGAUGAUGAUAAUAAUGAAUCAUUGGAUCCACUUGUUGAUAUUCAUGAUAUUAGUUUAUCAAUAGUAAAUGAUAUAACUCAAGAAGAAACACUUCAUUUAAAUUCGAAUAAAUCGAUACUUAGUUGGGCAGAAACAGAAGAAGCUCGUUUUCGACCAUCGAUUGCCCAACAAGCUAUGGGAGUUAUUAUUUUAAAUAGAUUGAAAGAAGAACAAUAUGCAAAAUCUGACCCCUACAUUGGACAUAUUAAUUGUUCUGAUAGCCCUUCAUUGUUAAUGGCAACAUCAAAACAUGUAUUAUUUGUAAAUGAAAUUUUAUUUUUUGAUUUAUAUAAAGUUGAUUGGGAAAUUGAAUAUGAAGAAUUAAAAGAAGAACCAGUUAUAAUAUCAAGUUUUGGUCAAAUACAAAUUCUUACAAAAGAGUCAAAGAAUGCUGGAUCACUUGAAUCAUCUAGGUCUUAUGUGAAAAUGUUUAGAUAUCGAAAUAAAUCUGAAGCUCAAAUAGCAAAACUCAACCAACAAAUCAGGCAAUUAUCAGCAAGAAUUAAUUCAACCAGCAAGCCAGCACCUUUCCAUAAUACAAGAAAUCGACAUACUCUGAUAGAUACGAAGAAUAAUAAAAUAAAAGAAACAAAUUGUAUCAUAUCAUCACAUUAA